AUAUUAUGUUUAAGAAGGUCUAUUUAGAAAUCCUUUUAGAAUAAUGAUUUCUAAAUAAGCGGGCUGUAAUAAAUGUAUAGGACAAAUCCUCAAUGAGCUAAUGUGUGUUUGACCGAUACAACACACAGCAGUAACAUUCCUGUCCGUGUGAUUUAAUACGUGUCAUACAGUGUAUUAAACCCCAGAGUUCAAGCACCACGGGUCUACACAGUGUUUCCCUGUGGCAGGAUCAUAUUCUGCUUGGCUCUUAUCUCUCUCUACGCUCUUGGUCUAUUUUUGAUGCUGCAUUUAUUCUGGUAAUCGGAGUCCCACAACAACGUCCUGGAUUACAGGACAAACAAGGUCAGCGAACUGUUAAAUACUUCGGAAAUUGACAAAGGAAUCUUCACAAUGCUACUGUUGGAAUAUCCUGCUUUGUAGAGAAAAAAAGACAGCGGUGAGCUGCCGGAGAAAUGUCAGCUGCGUUCAGAGUUUUUGCGGGAGUUUUGGCGUCAUGUUUUAAAAAUAACCAAUGCGUCAGUUCUUAAAAAGCUGUUGCUCGUAACUGAACGUAUCUGUGAAAAUAAAUGUCCCACUCGUCAGCAGGAGGAUAUUUCUCUACUCGCAUAACUUCAGUCCAGGUCUGUCUAUUUAUAUGUCCACCCCGACUCCUAUUUUAGAGGCUGUUUCUCUGCAGAGUUUUUAUAACACUGUGACAGGCUGUUUCAACAGUCUUCUCAAAUAACUCAGAGGUGUUUGUGGCAUAAUUCAAAUCUAAAGUCCCUCCUGAGUGCAAAUCUUCUGCUGUCACCUGGCUCUCCUCUGUCAUGCUCAGGUUAUCCAAGCUAAUAUUUCACAGAUAAAGAGUCCCUUGCAUGUGACGCCAGUUUGUUUUAUUCUGAGCUGCAGUGUUAAUUUGAGAAUGAGCAAUGUGCAUGCUCAACAAAGCAUCACAACAGGGGAUAUGACUCGAGGAGCUAAAGCAUUAACACUUAUUUCUGUGGGUAAAAUGAGGAAGCUGUGCAGAGCCAUGGGAGGGGCCUGUGUUCCAUGCCUUGCCAUCCAAACACUGUGAGUGAGUAUGGCCAGCAGAAGUGCUCAUCGGCAGGAUGACCUUUCCUGUCCGAUCUGUGGUCAUAUUCUCAGCAAGCCAGUGGUGCUCAAUUGCAGGCACCGAUUCUGUAAAGCCUGUCUGAAAGGCAGCUGGGACACACAAGGCGCUGGGGAUUCACACUACUGUCCUCUGUGCUGGCGCCGUUCCUCCAUGGAACAAAUAGUGGUGAGCUCGGUGCUGGAGAAGGCCUGUGAGUCGUUCAAGGAGGACAGCAGGAAGAACGACCCAGAGGCUUGUAAAGAACAUGGGGAGAAGCUCUCCAUGUUCUGUUUGGAGGAUUUGGAGCCGAUCUGUGGGGUGUGCGUGAAGGCAGCUGCACACGCCGGACACAGGCUUUACCCCAUCGGGGAAGGUGCUCAUGACUGUAAGGAGGAACUGAAGAGUGCCCUGGUGCCUCUGAAAGACAAGUUGCAGCUGUACAAGAAGGCGAAAGUGGUCUGCGAGGAGAUGGCCGAACACGUGAAGAACCAGGCCGAACACACUGAAACUCAGAUCCGAGAAGAAUUUGAAGCCCUCCAGUGUUUCCUGAGGGACCAGGAGGCUGCGAGACUUUCCUCUCUGAAGGCUGAGGAGGCUCAGAAGAAGCUGAUCCUAAACCAGAGAAUCGAGGAGAUGAACAAUGAAAUGACGUCUCUCUCCAACACCAUCAGAUUAGUGGAGCAGGAGAUGAAAUGUCACGACAUCGCAUUUCUUAAGAAUUACAAGGAGACCGUAAGGAGAACCUGGCGGAAUUCCCUUGACCCACAACGGAUUUCUGAUGCUCUGAUUGAUGUGGCCAAGCACUUGGGCUCACUGAAGUACAAAGUGUGGGAGAAGAUGAAGAGUAUAGUUAGAUACAACCCUGUGAUUCUGGAUCCCAACACAGCAGCAAGCUGCUUCAUCCUCUCGGAAAAUCUCACAGUGGUGCAGAACUCUACCCAGAUCUUCAAGCUGCCAGACAACCCCGAACGCUUUGACAUCAGUGCUGAGAUGCUGGCCGCUGAGGGCUACACCUCUGGACGCCACACCUGGGAGGUGGAGGUGAAGGACAACACCUACUGGGUGGUGGGAAUCGCCAGCGACUCCAUCGACAGGAAGGGGAAGCACGUGCUGACACCAGCGGAGGGGUUCUGGACUAUUCGCUUUCGCAACGGAGAGCACAAGGCCUGCACGGCACCAUGGGAGCCGCUGACCAUGACGAAGAAGCCGGGAGUAAUAAAAGUGGUUUUAGACAUGGACCGAGGCAAGGUGUCCUUUUACGACCCUGGAGAGAGGACGCCUCUCUACACAUUCAUGGAUGUCAUCACACCCAGGGCCUUUCCCUACUUUUGCAGUGCCUGCAAAGAGCAUCCACUGAGAGUCCUACACACCAGGAUAUCCGUGUCAACAGACUAUUAAUUCAGCGUUAUUGAAGGAGAUGAUCACAGUUUACAGCACAUGAAAUCUGUAACCGCACCUCAAAUGAACGACUGAAACAAAGAAAUGUUUAAAAUAUUUUAAUUUGCGUUAAAACAAAUGUAGUCUGAAUGAUUUGAACUUGUAAACAGUGUCACAAUCUCUACCACUCAUAUAUUACUACAUUGAUAAGAUUUAUUACAUAAUAUAAGAGUAACUGUGUGACUCGAGUUUGCAUGGCACAUUAACUACUGUGAUUUUUUUUCCAAUUUCUUUUGAACCCUUUUCCAAGAAAAACAUGAAACAGGUGUGGAGUUUCAUAUAAGGCACAUACAGUACGUGUAUUUACUAACCCAAGCCAGUGUUGUUCAGAGGCUCAAAUAUCAUAUUGAGAUUAGUUUUCCAUUGCAUUAAAAAGACUCUAUGGUUAGUGUUGGAUUUAGUUGCCUAGUGUACAGCAUGUUGAAGUCUGGUCUUUUGAGUUUCAUCCAAACACAUGGCCGUAAGUAUCUUCACUCUCAAGUGUUGCCUAAACCUACACAGAAAUAAACUUGCAGCAUAUUCCAAACAUUGGUAAAAUACCCUGUAACAGAGUUUGACUUGACGCUACCCGUGCAGUCCUAAUCAUGUUAUUGUAACAUGCUCCUAUGUCAAAUGGGUUAUGGGAGACACCCAUUCUAUGACUGGUGAGGCUCAAAGGCUUUUUGAGGUGUUCUUUUAACAUUUUUUAAAAAGUUAUUAAAGGAAAUAAAUGCCCUCACAUUGUGCCCUGUCCUCAUACAGUGUUAAAACUUCAUCUGUAACAGUUCUCUCUCUAUGUAAGUAGUUCUGUCAACUUCCAUGAGCAGUUAAAAUCCAGGCAGGUCUGACUGAUCCCCACACCAGCCGAUGCCUGUUAUUCUCCAUCUCUCCACCGUCUGUCUCCCCAAGGCACCUUCACUGCCCUGCUGUGGCCGACCCGUCAUAGAGACAUUCUUCCCUCCGCUAUCGCAUUGUACAGCUCCUCAUCAACAGCCUCAUAACGCGCAGCUCU